AUGCAACGCCUUUCGCCCUUUGUCGCCCUGCUUUCCACAUACCUCCUCGCCAUUGGGGCCCAUGCCAAGGAUCAGGGAACCGUUCCCAUCUUCCUACCAUACUAUGAUGCCAAAUCAUGGUCUCUUGUACGGGGCAGCGUCAUCACAAGUAAACCCGACGAAACUACGUAUACAAUCUUCUGUGCGCCGCAGACCACGCCCAGCUGCGAUCUGGCUCUCGAACUUCCAUUCAUAUUUGCCGAAGGCGACAACACCCUCCGCUUCGAAGGCACCCUCACUUCUACCUAUACUGCGAAUCUUGAAUGUAAAUUAGGCGGCACCACAGCGGCGACAUGCUCGGCGUACUCGAGCUUGAAGUCUGGCUUUGUCGCCGGUCUUUACACUGGCCCGACGGAAAUCAGCUGGACAUCAACACUCAGUGGCUCAGAGGUUCAAUGGGGCACCCUAACCCUCGCCGACCAGCCUUCGAAAACGGGCACUCCUGAUGAUGUCUCCGGCACCGCCCAGGCCACCGGAGACCCCAAUUUCACUGAAGAUUUCCUCUUCGACGGCACGUUACCCACGAGCUCGCUGCCUGUCGAGACAGGGCUCAGCAGCGGGGCGCGACUUGAAAGCACUUGGCUCCUGAACAGACUAUACAAGGUGGAUAGAGAAAAGCACGAACGCAUCUGGCGCAUGGCCAAGACGUGA